AUGAACCAACAGCAGCAACAAACCACUGCAGACUAUCCACGGACUAGAUCACAAAGAGGGACGGCAUUCACUCCAGAAGACAAGGACAGACUGUACUGGACCUACGAUAAUAAACUAGAGGAUAUGAUCGAGGAAGAGCAACUCGUCCGGAAGAAAAAAACCAACUCCCAUGGACAGUUUGGACACGAUGAAUUUACCAUGUCAACCCACCGUAAAGAUACUGUUCCGAAUCCGAAAUGA